AUGAGCGCGCUCCGCAUCGCGUCGGCGCUGGCCGCCGCGCCGGACCCGUACGCCGUGCUGCAGCUCAAGCGCGACGCGAGUGCGGCCGACGUCAAGAAGGCGUUUCGCACCGCGGUCCUGCUCGUGCACCCGGACAAGGCGAUGGGCUGCGCCGGAGCAGCGGCCGCCUUCGAGGCGGUCGAGGCGGCCAGCGCCCUGCUGCUCGAUGCCGGCGCGCGUCGCGAGUGGGACGCGAAGCACAAACAGCAAAGCUUCAUUGAAAGAUACGGCAGCGGCGCGGCCGAGGCGGGCGGCGAGGCGAUCGCCCCUCCGUUCUCGGUCCGCCUCGGCGACGUGGUGGAGGCAAAGACCGCGACGCUCCGCUUUGACGGGUAUGACGACUCGGCGGUGGUGCCGCUCUCGCAGAUCCGGCCGCCGCGGCCGGCGCAGAGCGACGCCGUCGGCUCGGCGGAGGAGGGCGAGGCGGCGACCGACGCCUUCACACGGAGCAUGAUGUCCUCAGGCGGCCUCGGCCUGCUGCUGGACGAAGAGAACCGUGUCGUCGGCCUGGCGGCGGGCGGGCAGGCGGAGCGGGAGGGCGUGGUGCGCGUCGGCGAGGUCAUCCUGGCGGUGGAUGGGGAGAGGCUGCGAGGGCGUCCGCUCGGCAGGGGAGAGGGCGGCACGGCAGAGGGCGGCACGGCUGCGCAGGGCGGCAAGGCUGCGCGCGUCGCCGGCGCGGAGCCGGAGUGGCGGCGGGAUGCGGUGCCGUCCUCUGCCGAGGAGUUCCGCGCCCGGCACGGCUGCUUCACGCGCGGCGAGGAUGCGUGGGCCGAGUACUACCGGCAGCAGGCGGCGUGGGCAGCGUACCACCAGCACCAGGCGGCGUGGGCCGCGUACUAUCAGCAGCAGGGCAGACCGCCGUGA